AUCUAGCCCAGCCACGCCCACCAUAUAUAAGAACCCAGCACCACCCAGGACACCUCUGUCUUUGUUCAGACAGUUAGCUUUUUUCUUCCUUUCACAUACACUAUUAAUAUGCGCUUUGCACUCGCUCUUACUGCCCUUGCUGCCCUGGCUCUUGCUGCCCCGCUCACUGUCCGUGACGACAAGAGUGCCGAGGCUGUGCUCCCGAUGGUUACCGGUUCCAAGGAUUACGGAACCUUGGAGUCCAAUAUCAACACCUUCUUUGCCAACCUGGGCGGCUCCGAUGACCCCGACAAGUCGCAAAGAAUUACUGACACUGCUAAGAAAAUCCAGGACCAGCUCCAGGCCUAUGUCAAGAGCAAGGCCCCGGCCCAGCAGGCUGCUAUCUGGGCCGAGUCGGUUCUGGCGCCCCUGCUCACCUAAAUACCCUUGGCUUAAUUCUGCUUUCCGUAGCUUGGUACUUCCUGAUAGUCGAUUUUCAAUUAUAUCUGUUGAUAACUAAUUGUCCCUAAACCCCUUUUCUUGGGAGAACAGGAACCCCUUUUCCAGACCUAUCGGAGCUAUAGUUUA